CAAGCUGACGCCCUCACUCGACCCACCGCGCCCUGGGCGCACGGCGGGUCCCCGGUGGCCGCAGCGACCAGCGACCCGCGGAUGCUCAACGCGUGCCACAAGCCGCCCCCGCACAGCGGCUGCCGGGCCGUCGGGGCACCAGGAUCACCAGGCUGCCCAGAUGCGGGCGCCACUCUGCCUGCUGCUGCUCGUCGCCCACGCAAUGGACAUGCUCGCCCUGUACCGGAGGAAGAAGCAAGCAGGCAUUGGUCUGGGAGGCAACUGCACCGGCUGUGUCAUAUGCUCGGAAGAGAACGGCUGUUCCACCUGCCAGCAGAGGCUCUUCCUGUUCAUCCGCCGGGAAGGUAUCCGUCAGUACGGCAAGUGUGUACACGACUGUCCCCUCGGCUUCUUUGGGAUUCGUGGCCAGGAGGCCAACAGGUGCAAGAAAUGUGGGGCCACCUGCGAGAGCUGUUUCAGCCAGGACUUCUGUAUCCGGUGCAAACGGCGGUUUCACCUCUACAAAGGGAAGUGCCUGCCCACCUGUCCACCAGGCACAUUGAUCCACCAGAGUACCCAGGAGUGCCAGGAGGAGUGUGAGCCGAGCCCGUGGGGCAGCUGGAGUCCCUGCAUACACAAUGGGAAGACCUGUGGCUCGGGCUGGGGCCUGGAGACUCGGCUGCGGGAGGCUGGCCCAGCCACGCAGGAGGAGCUGGCGAGUUGCCGAGUGCUAUCUGAGUCCAGGAGGUGUCCUAUAAAGAGGCCCUGCCCAGGAGAGAGAAAUCCCAGGCGGAAGAGCCGGAAGGAUCGGCGCCAGCGCAAGGACAGGAAGUUGGAGCACAGACCACCUCAGCCUGGCUCACAAUGACCAUCUCCAGUUCUGGCUCACGCCUUUGGCUUGCUGCGCUUCCACUACGGCCUCCUCCCUUCUCCCCUGCCCUGCUCUUUCCCCACACCCUUCACUCUUUCCAUUUGCUACCCUUCCUGUCUGGACAUUAUAUUUUAUCCUUUUCUGUUUUCCUCUCCCCCCUCAGUUCACUUCCUUGUUUCUUCUUCUUUGGACCUUUCCUUCUCUCCGUGUCCCUUUUUCUUCAUUUUUUCCUGUUUUACUUUCUGUUCUUCACUGUCCAACCCCCAUACACCAACAGACAUGAGAGAGAGAGAGAGAGAGAGAGACAGAGAGAGAGAGAGAGAGAGAGAGAGAGAGAGAGAGAGAAACUGCGCCUCUGUCCUCCAUGUGGUUCUCUAGACUUCAAAGCAAACUUUUUUUUUCUAGAUCUUUCUAUGACCCUGUCCUGACUCCACCUUUGCAGAGUUACAAUUUAGGAGGAAUAGGUUGAGGUACAACUUGGCAGGCCCUGGGAGCCCUGCUUCUAUCCAGAAAGGCCCUGCAAUCUGCGUUGUGAACCCCUCACCAGGACCACUCCUUCAAGGUCGAUUCUGCAGCACUCAGCCAGUGCCUCUGCCAGGAGGCCACCGGGAAUGGUUCCAGGACCUCCCAAGGCCCAGCCUGCACCCCUUGUCCAGAAUGGUGGUAUAGGAUCCACUAGGGGCUCUUUAGCUAGAAGUGGCCCCAAGCCCACCAGCAAAUCCCCUUACAAGUGCCUGCAACACAGCCUGAGUCCCAACCCCACUCCCCAUCCCUGAUCCAUCUCCCUUUUGGAGUGCCAUGACUUUUCCCCAGCUGACCACCCUCCCAAAGCCUUCGGGGACCUAUGCACAGGAUCAGGUGCGACUGUUAGUCCUGUUACUCAAUGGUCCCAAAGGCUAUUGAAGUCAAGGGGAGCUUAGAGAUGGUCCCACCCACUCCAUUCACCCCCUGCUACCCACUGCCCAUCAUACCCAUAGAGAAACUGACGUCUAAGGGAGUAAUGGGCAGGCAUUCUCUGCCUUCAGUCAGCACAGCACAUCUGUGAAGAAGCUUGAGGGUGUCUGGGGAAGCAGUAGAGAAAAUUGAUGGGUCAGCAGUUCAGCUGGCCUCCCACUUAUCCACCUCCUGCAUGGACACUCUAUGAUACCCCCAACUCCAGACAGGAAGGACACUGGGAAAAGCUGUCAGGUACACAAACCAAUUGGCAAGUCUGUCCUUACCCUUGGCAUUGGCCUAGAAACUGCCAUUGUUGCUGGGAGAAGUCUUUGCAUUAGGGCCCAAGGGUAACUGGGAAAGGAUACAGGCAAGAGAGAAGCUCCAUGUGAUGUAACCUCAUCCUGUCAGGCAAUGACCUUCACAUUCACCCUACACUUAGCAGGUGGGGAUCCACAGCACUGCUCCUGACCUGUAGCAGUGGUCUCCCUGGUCUCCCGCUAAGAACAGCCGGAUCCCCUGCUUGCCUGGCCAGGGGCCCAGCUUCCCCUGGACUGUUUUCUUGUGUUGAGACUCCUGGCUACUUUUUAAAGAUAAAGAUAAAAAGAAAGAAACUCGUGAGGAUUUCUUGGGCAUCAGAGGGUGUUAGGAACCACUGUGCCCAGAGUUUCAUAGUAGCAGAAUGUAAACUUCCUGGGGCAGCUUCCCCUGGAGUGAUCCGGCUGACAGGGGCCAUGGUUCAUGGGGCCUGACUGGGACAGAAUUUCCACCAGAGUGCUUCCCAGUUCCUUGUAAGAAGGGGUCUCUCAUGCACACCAUCAUUAAAAUGCUUGCCUUGCAAGCGUAGGACCUGAAUUUGAUCCCCAGCACCCACAUGGAAAAAGCCAGGCAUGGUGACAUGCCCCUGUGUCACAGCACUGGGAAGACAGAGACGCACAAAUGCAACAACCCUGGGCUUGUUGGCCAGUCAGCCUGGCCCAAGAGGCAAGCUCCAGGCCAUUAAGGAAGUUUGUCUAAAAAAAGAAAGAAAAAAAAAAGGUAUUGGCACCUGAGCAACAACACCUGAGGUUAUCCUCUGGCUACUAUACACAGAGAGAGAGUGUGUGUGGUAGCACUUGUCUGAGCUUCAGCCAGAUGCAAAAGAUGCUGUGUCCCAGACCCCCUCAAGCUCCUGGACUAGAUAGAGCCUGAGCCUCCAGUUGUACUUGUGGCCUCUUGGAACCCAGGAGCCACUGGAAAGAGCACAGGCUCACUGACUCCUGGGAGUAGCCUGGGCUCCUGGUAACCUGGUGUAAGCCCAGCCUGUGAGCUGUCAGCUGUGAGUCUGGGCCAAGCCACGUGCCCUUUCUGGGUUUCCAUUACUCCUUUUGAUGAAUGAAGAGGAGGCAAGGCUGGGCUCAGUUCAUUGUCCACAUCUGACCGUCCAGCCACGUCCUGGGCUUUAAGGGUUUUGUUUUUUUCAAAGCUUCAGACUUCAGGCUGCUACACCAGACCUAUACAUCAUGAACAAGCUGAGAAACAAGUGAGACAGGAGAAGGUAUUUAGGAUGAGUCUAGGGGAAGGGUGCCUAGAAGCCCAGGAUCUGGAUUGGUGGUCAUGGCUCCAGCUCUGACCACACAGCUCAAAGGUCUGAGUCUGUGGACAGAUGGAGAAUACAGACAUGUUCUGUCUGGAGUUUUCUGCUAAGAUUCAAGCCCUUGGACGGUGGAGGCUCUAAAUUCCAUAGAGGCUCAUAAAUUCCAUGCAGGACGAGACUGGAAGGUCUCAGGCCUGCAAUUAUCUCCCUAUGUUCUUCCCCUCUGAGGUGGAGGACCUGACACUUGCUAACUGAAGGCUCUGGAUAUUUUUAAAUAGUUUAUAGAUUUCCCCUGGAGCCUCCACUAUAACCUGGAGCUGCAUGUACCCUCCUCCUAUUGACUAUGCUUUUGUGGUCCAUCUCUCCCACCUUCCUGGUAAGGGAAGCUCCUUGCCAUCAGCUGCAUCACCUGGACGCCUCUUGCAAGCAGAGCUGGAAAACUGCUCUACAGCUGGAUGGACACAUGGAGAUGGCCAGUGAGGCUGUGUGGCCCCUCAGUGAUGUUCUAGUGGCAGAGAGUGACACUUUGCUCCUCCUACCCCAUUCCUACUGGCCUGGACCAGGUCUUCUGAUUGGUCCUACUCUCUUCCCAUCUCCACCAGACCCUUCAGCUUGGGCUGCCUGUUAUUCCCACACACAGCCACUAGAGGGUGUCACUCAAUCAGGAACUGCCAGCCUGGUCAUUGCCCACUCCCUUGAACUUGGGGGCAUAUUGUUGUCCUGGGGACCAGGGAGAGGCUGCCUCCCACCUCAACUGAACAGUGACUUCAGUGUGGCCUUCACCACAGCACACAGUGUCAAGACUCCAGAGCCAGGCCCCAAGCCAUUCCAAGCCCAGAACAGAAAGCUGACUUAAAAGACAGUCCAACAUUCCAGGAGAGCCACCAGGACCCGCCUGCAGACACCAGCCCCCGACGACAGGGGACAUCCCAGGUCGUUUUAAGACAAAUCCACCCAUGCUGUGGGACCCUUCUGACUUGGAAAUGUGCGUCCUAACAAUAAAAACAAUAGUGGUGGUACCGAUGGUGCCCUGUAUUAACUUAGUGCUCUAGGUGCCUAGAGCCUUUUCACUGUGUUCUGGUCCUUUUAAUUCAAUAGAGACCACAGCAACUCACCUGACCCCCUCCUAUAUACCUUCAAUGGUGGGAAAGGUCUUUUGCAAUGGAGAUUCUGGGAGCAAGGUCAAAACACCCAUCCACAGCCCACUGGUUAAAAUAUCUCUUCAGGCCCAGAGAGCCCGCUGAGACUAGAAGGGAGGUCAUUGUUUGUACAAAGGGCCCAAGGAUCAGUUCCCAUCCCAACUUCCAGCCUCAGAAGCUGCUGGAUCCUGGACCACAGGCCCGACUCUGAGGCUGCGGCUCCUGUCUGGGGUCUCCGUCACUCAGCCCACCCCACAGUGCUGGGCUUCCACCAGCCUUCCUCCUUGAGGAGGAACAGACACACAACCCGGCCUGCAGUGGGAGAAGCCCUAUGGGUAGCAGCUCCUCCUGCCCCCAGCUUGGAGUCUUCCCAGUGGAGGCUGCCCUCCUGCCCUGCCCGGGCUCCUGACCCUCUGAAUGAGCAUGAUUAAACACUGUUUUCUGCUCUGGGUUGGGGGAAGAGUUGUUUCACAGGAGUUCACAGCUGUCUCCUGGGGCAAACUGAGGACAAAGUCACAAAUGCUGCCUCCACCCUGCCCAGCUAUGGGCCACAGGCAAGAGCCCAUGCUCCUUGUCCCUCGGUCUCAUCUGUGAAAGGGGACAGACACCAAGUGUCCACCGAAGUGUA